AGUUCCUUUCCGGGGAUCAAAUUCAGUUCUAUGUGCACAAUAGAAGAAGAACGAACAAGUAAGAUGAAGACCACGGCUUGGACCAAGGUUUUGGUUGUGAAUUUUUUGUCCUCAAUUUCCGUGAUCAAAGGAGUUUUAUUCAAAAGAACCAUUGCUAGCACCUUCAAUGAAUAAACUGAAUUCUAUCCCGUGAAAGUCUUCAACAAAUCCCAAGCAACCAACGAGAUUGAGUGCGGUCUUUUGACCUCUAUCCUCAUGAGGGAUGGACAACAACGGGUUUAUCCAGAGAAAGAAAUCAGUCCCAAUUCAUUUCGAUUUGACAUUUUGGGAUCCAUUUGUGAAAGUGGGGUGGUCCCUUUUUUCUCUGGGGAUCACGACGACAAAACCCCCGCUCCUGGUCCCAAUGCCAUUCACGUGGCCCAUGGACGAUUGGCCAAAAGAUCUAAUCUUCUGGCCGACAUCUUUCUGUUUGGACCACUCCAUGACUCAGAGAGGCAUUUGCUCUUUCUCAAGGACAACCACUUGCACUAUAUCAGCUCCAUCGCCGAUCAAUCCACUAUUCAAUAUGAAGUCCCCUCACCUAUUCAGAAUGCUCGUGCCAUCUUAUUCAGAUCGGAUGAGACCAUCAUGUCUUAUUCGUUUCCGAACAGACAAUUGACAUCAUUCUCCAUAUUCGCAUGGUACCACGGAAACGGAAUGGGCAAGACCUCCCGACCAAUUGUGGGCAUUAUAGGCGCAAACCUGUGGAACAUGGGGGCACAACUUUAUGUUGGGAGACAAGUCGAGGGGAAAAUGGCAUUAAUCUUCUAUACCAGUGUUGCGACCAUUCCUACAAAAACGCAAGUGUAUUCAGAUUCAGCCAUUAGAGUGUCAAAUGAUGUCUGGAACCACGUCGGAGUCACUUUUGAUGCUUCUGCAGGGCACGUUCGGUUUUACUUGAAUGGAACUCAAUUGGGAACCCCCCAAUCUUUGAGUCCGAUCACAUAUCCGGAUGUUGGCCGAGUCUCCUUGGGCGGAUUUAGCAACCAGGCCUUUUGCGAGUGUGCCUUGGAUGGAGCUGAAUACUAUUUGAGAGCCAUUUCGGCCUUAGAAGCUCAGGAUAUGUUCGCUCGCGUCUAUCCCUAACUUUGUGCUCUUUGCCAUGUGAAAAUAUAAAUUCCCCGCACGACCCUCCUAAUCAACUUGUUUCGCAUGCACUAACUGUAUUCCAUGAUGAUGAGAAA